AUUUCUCCAAGAACAGCGGAUCGCCUGUGAGGUGGGCCUUUACUACGUGCUCCACAUCACCAAGCAAAGGAACAAGAACGCCCUGCUUCGCUUGGUCCCAACUCUGACGGAGACCUUCAACGACCUGGCCUUUGGGGACAUUUUCCUGCACCUCUUCACAGGCAACCUCACCCUGCUGGCCGACGAAUUUGGGCAGGACGAUUUCUGCGGGGUCCUUUUCGACCGCUUCUUCCUGCCUGCCUGCCCCAGGAAGGACAACGUCCAUCGUCACCUGCUGAGGCUGCUGCUUCACCUCCAUCACAAAGUCUUCCCUGCCAGGCUGGAGUCGCUGCAGAAGGCCUUGGAACCAACCAAGCAGAGCAGCGAAGCAGUGAAAGAGCUUUACAACCAGCUGGGCGAGAAACUGGAAGUCCGCAAGCCUAGCCCCGUCCCAGAAGCUGAAGCUCCACCGAUGGAUUUGCCCCUCCCAACAGUGUCUUCUACCCCGGUUCCACCAUAGAUGCAACCCCCACCCCCUCCUCAAUUCCCUCUGGGAGAGCCAGGCUCAUUCCUGGCGUCGGAGGGACAAAGGUUGGACACACUCAGCUUGCUUGGGACACGGUCACCUGGGCAACCUUGAACGCAGCUACUCAGAUGCCUACUCCGCAUCUCAUCCCCACAGUGUGG